AUGUGGCCAACGAGUCGGGCUGAGAUCAGUUGUAAAACGGAGACAAAGGUCUCAGUGGGAAACGCUGGAGCCUGCAGGCCUCCAUUAAGCUGUCCCGAGCAGGAGGGGCUGCAGGGAGAAGACAACUGUGGCAGCGGAGGAGAGGAAGGAAGCAGUUUGACUGCUCCACUGACCUCAGAGCAGCUAAAGAAAAGCCUCCGACCAGCUAACGACUCCCCCUCCGCUGAAGAACCACGAACUGAACCUUUAGCACGCCGCCCGCCGUAUGGCGCCCGGCGGAGGCCCGUGAGGCCCGGCGCCGGAGGAGGAUCGGGCCGGUUUCUGCUUUAUCUCUCCCCCAGAUACGCAUCGGAGGCACUCAUGCAAACGCAGCGCGGCGCGGUUCCAGUUCACUUCCUGGACAAACCGAGGACAAAAUGUCAACAGUUUCCAGUUCGCCCACAUCGGCACGCCCUCGCCGAGGAGAGGCCGGAGGUCAAAGGUCACGGCGCCACCGACCCGACCCGACUCGGCUCAGGGUGA